GGGGAAACGAGGGUCCAGUUAGUCAGCUGCGACGUGUGUGGCGCGUGCUUUGAACGAAGCGAAACGUUGGAAGUGGGUAAACUAUUUUUCCAAUAUUCUACAGUAUUUCGCGGGUGGCGCUAAAUUUUAGAAAUUUUUCGAAAGCUUUUAUACGGUCCGCGUGUGUUGUGGGUAAAAAAGUGGUGCGGCACCUUCGGGGGUUCGAAAACAGCACAAAAAUCACGAGUGCCAUGCGAUGAUCGAUUUGCCGGUUCCGAUCGGUGAAACGGUUCCUUCGGUGCGUCGUUGGGUGGCUAAACGCCAGGCCUGAGCGAUCCAAUUUCCAAUUUCUCAUUUUCUACGCACCGAGUGUCCCACGUUUGAUCAUUCGCAGAAUGGGGGAAUCACAAAAGGUGGAGUUUGCCGUCGGCAGCGAGGUUUCACCGGUCUCGUUUUACAAAAGUGCAUUCGCCAGGUCGUUCGUGAUGAAUUCGCGCGAGACGAAAUCCCUUGAUUUCGGGUUUAUGAACAGCGAGACUAUCGCCGAGGAGCCCAUUAACUCAACGUCUCCCACGUCGAACGACAACAGGAACAACAACUUCGUGCCUCAGAACUCCCAGAUCACCGGCAAACCAAUUAGCAGCUCCGAUGUCAAGCUCUGGAGGAUUAACGAGAUCACAACCGUUGACAGCGAGGGACCGACAGAAUUGGACAAACUUCGAAAAGAGUGUCAGAACUUGGCAGAAGAAAACCGCAGGCUGCAGAAUAAUCUGGCGGUUGGACAAACGCCCCAGUCGCGGGUCAUAGACAACGUUCUUCUGCAGACGCAAAUUGACACACUUCAAUGGCAGCUGAAACAGACAGAAGCAAACAGGCAAAUGUACCGAGCGCUGAUGGCGCAAGUUGUGCGGUUCCUGGAGCGCGCACACAAGAGCCUUGACAUCUUGCACGAGAAGUCAAACCCGAAGAACGGAAAAGCGUCACGGGUGCCGCGAAGCAGAAGCGUUCACGGUGUGGACGAGUCCUCGGUGAGCAGAAGUUCUCAUCACUCUUCAGUGUCCAGCGCGAGUUUCGCGCGUGCGAAAUCCGUGACCCAAAUAUCACCGACGAGCGGCACAAGCCGGGAUUCGACGAGCAUUUGGUCCGUCCUUCGUCGCACCGAAACGCCACCUCCAGGACCGCAGCAACCGCUACCAGAGGUCCAGCAUCACGAAGGUGUCGUCUACAGACGACGGCCGAAGUCGUCGGAGAGCAACCCGGACGAAGUCCCUCCGGAGCGGCUUUCCCAGGAAGCUUUCAGGCUGAUGAGAACCGCCCAGUCACUUCUCGUGACCCGAGAGCCGGAUUUGGUCCGAGUGAACGAGGUGGACAACCGGAGUGUGCCGUCACCCUGUAACGUCGACGCGCCGCUGCCCUUGCAGAGUUUCGCCAAUUCUACGCCCCUCCAUGACUCGUUGUUAUCGAGCAGCGACCGUGCAAGCUCGCGAUCCCACAAUGACGCGGCAUUCUCGCGGCGCGCGGAACCCAGUGCUGCGGGCUGCCUGCUGCCAGGCGCAAGGCGUUCGCUAGACGCGGCCUCGCUGCACUCGGGGAGCAGUAAGACGACCGAAACGACCGAGGAGGAGGACGGGGGUCCACGUUCGCUCCUUGCCGGCGCCCUGGAGCGUGAGUUCGCCGUUAAAUCUUCCUCCACGCCGAACCGCAGGCCGAAGAAGCCCGCCGAGGCCGGGUUCAAGCCCAAGCCCUGUACCGCCAGCGUCAGUAGUGCCGAGGACGAGAGCGGAUUCUCAUCCAUGAGCUCCUUCCAGGACGUCGGCCUCCCCCCUGCCUCCUCACUCGUCAAGGGAUGCCACACCGAGGUCGGCCUUCCCGACGUCCCCGUCAAGGUCAGGCAUCGACGGUGGAGCUCCACCCCUGCCGAGAUGCAGGCCCUCAUCAAUGGCCGCUACAAUGCCAGCUUCACUGCCGCCAAAACUGGCAGCGAUACGCUCAAGGUGCUCUGGGUUUAACCCGCAAGGUUCGAUUAACGUCCAUCGGAAGAUAUGAAAAUUUGUUGAUCGUAAUUCGCUCGGUGGGGCCGGAUUUCGAUCAGACGCAUUUAAGCACCGCAAAACAAGUCAAUAGUGUACAAAUCUUUCCUAUAUAUUAUAUAUAUACAUAUAUAUGUAUUGUUUUAUGCAUUUUAUUUUACUCGUCGUAUGGUCCUUGUGCCCCGCGAUCACGCGGUGUAGGGACAACUUUAUGAUUUUUAUUGCAUAUUUUCUUUCUGUUUAUUUUAUUUGCUCAUCGAUUAUUUUCUUUUGUUUCUUUUGUCGAAGUCGGAGAUACUUCGAAGGUAAUGUAGAUUGAGCUUUCGGGUAUUUAGACUUAGCAAAUACGAAUUAAGUCCGAAUUCUAUCUCUCGAUUUUUAUUUUAUUUUUAUUUUUACUUUCAUCUUUUUUUAUAUUUCAUAAAUAUGAUGAAAUUGAUCAUAUGAGAUACGUGAACGACGUUUUUGACUUAAUGAAACAUAUCAUAGAUAAUCGUUUAACCAGUAGUACGAUAAACUCUUAUCACGCAAAGUUCUGUGAAGACUCGAGUUGAAAAUUCGUAAAAAUUUAUUCAGAAUUUUUCCAAUCUUAUUUUUGUCAGUGCAGAAACUUUUUUUUUCUAUAUUUACCAAAGAUUGUAGCAAUGUUAUUCCGAAGUUCUUAUUUAAUUAUUUCUUUUUUUUUUUUUGCUUACCGAGGAAUUAUUACGUGAAAUGUUAUUUGAUAAGUCAAAAACAUUGUUCCGCCACACCAAUCUACAUGAUGAAAGCUGACUGAAUUUAAAUGUUCUACGUGUAAUAAUUAACCAUAAGCCGUACCACAAUACCGUUACGUCAAUUUGUAUGCAAGACUCUCCAAGUGUCGCUCCUAAAUGACGAAAUGUCAUUUCAUGUAAAAUUUCAAUUCCGCUUCUGGAUGCGACAGAUCGUGUCCCAUGUACAGAUAUCGGUUACGGCGUAUUAUAUUUACCUAUCUAUUCGACGUUUUUAUCUGUUAUUUUUUUUAUCUCAUGUUUUAAUCGCCAGAAUAUACAAGUCCAUUAGCAUCGGCCAUAAUUAUAUGCAUAUUGUGAUCCGUAAGUAUGUUUUGUAAGCAGUCAAAUCUUAGGUACAUCCU